AUGGUAUGGAUUCCAAGUAGUUGGGUUAUUACCAUAGGAAUUACAUUAUUGACUAUAAUAUUCGGCGGAUGGAAACGAUUCGAUAUACGAAGAUCUUUCAAUAUAUUUUUUACUGUUAUAUUCACUUUACAAGCAAUAAUUUAUAUCGUUCUCAUUGUAUUGAAUCAUUUUGGUCGCUAUGAU